GACGCCGCACAGAUCGUCGCUCUGAUUGGUCGAGAACUGAGCGCCUCAUCCAAUGACUAGCAUGUCACCGUUUUCAAAUCUACUCUGAAAACGCUCGGCCUGGUGAUUAGAGACCUGAGACCCGCCUGCUAUUGAAAUGGAGAGCUUUCUAAGGCGGAAGCUUGCCCAGGCCGGCUCAUCUCUUCAAAAACCUGUUUCCUCUUACCAGCCUAUCAAAUUGCCAGAUUUGUGUUCUAGUUUCUAUUCAAUUGCAGAUGAACCUUUUCCUCAAGUGUCUGGAUUUCUUGAUGACACCGUCGGCCCAUCCUUUCUUUUAAAUGAAACAGGAACUGUGUUGAAUUCCCCUGCUUGCACGCCAUCAGAAAAUCAUGCAAAAAAUAAGGAUGAAGGAGUUUUAGCUCCAAGAAAAGAGGCUACCAAUGACUCUGGCCUUAAUUGCUCUCUUGGAGCACAUUGUCAGUCGGCAAAUGUAAGCAUGUCUACUAGAUCGCCACAGAAUGAGAAAGACAUUACCAGUGCAACAGCGGGCAAAGCAGAUGGUGACUGCAAUGAUGCUACGGCAUCCAUUACAUCUUUAGGGAAAUCUGAUUUAAUUAGUGUAGAGUUGAAGAACAGCACUUUUGAAGUGUCCCAUGACUCGAAAGAACGGUCUGACGCUGGUAUUAAUGCAACUGUUGAUCUACACAACAUCAGUAAGAAGAACAGCAUUUUUGAGUCUCAGGAGCCAAAGGAGGGGUCUGACCCUAUACUUAAUUCAACAGUCGAUAUUGAUGACCCUAAUACAAAGACAGAGACCGGAAACACCACUGUUGAACUGGUCCAGUCACAUGACCCUAAAGAGGGACCUGACACUGGGGUUAAUACAACUGUGGAUAUUCCUCUUCUAGACAGAGCACAAUCUAAAACUAAUGCAUGUGAUGAUAACACUGUACCAUUAAACACUACUACUACUACAGAACAGCCAAAUGAAAACCUUGAAGGAACUAUAGACAUACAGCCACAAGAAAAACUGGAUGCUAGUAUUAACUCUACUGAGGUUAAUACAAUAAAAAACACAGAGGAAGCUCAUUUCAACAUCAAUGAAACUGUUGAUAUUGUGGAGCAAAUAGCCAGUGCUCCUCUUCAACCCUCUGGUGAGGUCGAACAAUCAAACUCUGUUCCUAUAAAACCACUUGAGAUGAUUAAACAUAAUACAACCACUGAUCUUAUCCCCCCAGAAAAUCUAGUUUUGAAGGACACCACUGUUGAAAUAAUGCCCUUGAGUAUAGAAUUAGCUGACCAGGUUAAUGAUGCUUCUAACUCUGAGGGUGUCACUCAACCAACCUCUAACAUCAGAGAAACAGAAGCUGAGAUAAGCACCACAGCAUUUGUUUGCUCUGUCGACGCUCCUGAUGAUGCUCCUGAGCUUCAAGCAUCAGAGGAGCAUCACAAAAAAACAUCAAGUCCUGGAUCGGCGGACGCUGAGUCUGUUCCCUCUUCUGAUACGGGAAAUAUCAGCAGGAAUAGUAUUUUUUGUUUAGAUGACACAUUAGACCUGAAGACAAGCUUCCUGGUUACAUCCACGCCUAUCGUUUUUGGCAAAGAAUCCAGAUUUGAGAUCAUGAGAGACGUGAAGCCCAGAAAGAGGCUGUCUGUGAUCAACAGCAUCGAGGCCCAGUCGAAUGAUGAGCUUGUUUGUGCAAGUAAUCACGAUGGAACUGAUGCUGUGCAGGCGACUGAGAGCUCGAGUCAGGGUCAGAAAGUCUCAGCAGCAUGCACUUUAAGUCACUGUGCAUCAGAACCAGCUAAUGAGAACAAGCGUCCCACAAAACUUCCAAUCAAAAGACAGCUUCCUCAGCUUUCCUCUAAGCUGAGUUAUCCCAAAUCCAGUCUUCCUCCAAGGCCUCAGUUGUCAGUGAACUCCACGGUAGCUGUCAAACCAAAGACUCUCCAAGGGCCGCCGGCCCCGCAUCAGCCUGACGCAUCAUCCACCACCCUGCUUGGCAACAGGAAGACGCUACAGAUGAACAAGGGCAAGAACAUCGCUCCUAUCAAGAACAUAGCAUCAACUGGCACUGUUAAGACCUCUAUGGUUUCUCCCGUCACUGGAUAUAACUUCACUGCUGUUGCAAAACCUUCAGGCUCUGGAAUACAGCAAAUGAAACCAUCAGGACUACAGCCGCCAACUCGUAAAAGACCGGCUCUCAAGACCCCUCAGACCACACGAUCCUCUGUAGAAACCAUUCAGACUCAGCCUAGUAAUAAAUCGACAGGAUUACCAGGUAUGAGGACGAGGAAUUCACUGCUUCCCAGUGUGGGCCAAAAGCACUUGAACAAUGAUGGUUUGCCUUCGGCAAAGAGAAAAAGAAUUGCACCUUCUCUGUGUACAGUAGAGAGUGAUGCUGUGCAUGCAGCUGAAGGAGCGCACGAACCAGGUUGUGUUAAUUGCUUGCAACACCGAGAAAAACUUGAGAGGGUCAUUCAAGAACUAAUGGUUUUGCGUUCAGAGUGUAAAAACUGGGGACCAUUGCACGAAAAACUUAAGAUGUGCAUAGAGGAGCUGAAGAGAGAUUAAGAGAAAAGAAGAGAAGUGGCACGGAAAGUUAUAAUUCUGAAAUGUCUAUGCAUUUUUAUAUGCUUUUAAGAAAUGUGAGUUUAAUAAAAUGCAACUCCAUCAAAAACACUGGCUUCUUUAAGUGUCUCGCUUUUACCUAAUAAAUUACAUUA